AUGGCUGCCACUGCCCGCCGUCCCAGUCCAGAUGGGAAUCUCCUGCGCCCACGACCUCUCAGAGCUCUGCCUGAGGCACUACGCUCUGCUGGUCAUGGUCUGAACGGCUUUGCAGAAGUUCCAUCGGGAGUGUCUAGUGGACGCUCAACUCCUAUCCCUCAUGAUGCGCCUCCUUCAGUCCAAUCCAUCUCCACUGCUCGAAAGCAGGCUCGUGCCCAGGCCAAACAUCGCCUAUUCCACACCAUCAAUUACGUGCCCCGAGUCUCCCAUUUCGACCCCAGGAGCGAGUACCGCGACUUCCGCGGGUUUUUCGUUCUUUUUUGGAUCAGCUUGUCCAUAAUGUGUCUUACCACCGGUUUACGGAAUAUUAAAGAGACUGGGCUGCCUUUGAGAGUCAACGUAUACAAGAUCCUCUCCAGGAAUGUACUGUCGCUGGGUUUAAGCGACGCUGCCAUGGUUGUGAGCACGGCCUUGAGCCUCCCACUGCAAAAGCUCACUCGGAAGAGCUCUGGCAUUUUUCGUUGGCGAAAUGCAGGGAUCUGGAUCCAGAGCAUCUUCCAGGUCGGUUGGCUGUUCUUCUGGGUUCAACUGCCAUUUUUGCUCGGUUGGACAUGGACCGCACAGGUGUACUUCGCCCUCCACACCUUGACUUUUCUCAUGAAAAUGCAUUCGUAUGCCUUCUAUAAUGGCCACUUGAGUGAGACGGAGAAACGACUGCACGAAUUGGAUCGACCCGAAACAGCCGAUUUGGCCGAGGCCAUCAAGUAUCCGAGCUCACCAUCGAGGCUCCGAGAACUCGAUUCAGAUGCUUCUCCCGAAGAGAAGGAAUCUCUCGAACAGCUCACACAAUUACGGCAAGACCUCGCAACUGAGCUCACUUCUCCUCUUGGCCAAGUCACUUAUCCUCAAAACUUGACCCUGUACAAUUACGUCGAUUAUAUUCUUUGUCCCACACUGUGUUACGAACUUGAAUAUCCCAGGACUGCCAAUAUCCGCUGGCUGGAAUUGUUCUACAAGACCUUGGCUGUUUUUGGCUGCAUAUUCCUAAUGAUCACAAUCAGUGAAGAAUUCAUCACCCCCGUCUUGGCCGAAUCUGCCAUACGCCUAAAACAUGUCUAUACAUUCUCCGACAAAUCUCUCAUCUUGGCCGAGACUAUCAGCCUUCUCUUGUUCCCAUUCAUGAUAACCUUUUUACUAGUCUUCCUCGUUAUAUGGGAGUACAUCCUGGGCGCGUUCGCGGAAAUCACUUGUUUCGCCGACCGCCACUUUUACUCCGACUGGUGGAACAGCAGUGACUGGCUGGAAUUUUCCAGAGAGUGGAACAUCCCUGUGUAUCAUUUCCUACGACGACAUGUGUUCUUCUCGUCCAGGACGUAUUUCUCCAGCUCUAUCGCCAUGACUAUUACCUUUCUGAUUAGCGCGCUUGGUCACGAAUUGAUCAUGGGUUGCAUCACGAAAAAACUCAGGGGUUAUGGUUUUGUCGCCAUGAUGCUGCAACUGCCUAUCGUUGCUUUGCAGAGGAGUCCACUCAUCCGUGGUCGCUGGGUCUUUAACAACGCUGCAUUUUGGAGCAGCAUGAUAUUGGGCUUGAGUGCCAUGUGUAGUCUCUAUGUCUUGGUAUGA